AUGUCAGAUAUCCAAGUCAUAAGUCCUGCUUUGUGUAUGCAUAAGAUCUACAUGGAGGAAACAUAUAAAGCAAGUGCUCAACAGCAGCGAAGAUUAAAUUCUUUGAUGAAGGAUGUGGUUGGAAAAAAGGUAAUCAAGUGGUUAGAUGCAGGGAUAGUGUAUCCAAUAUCAGACAACAAAUGGAUUGGCAGCUACUUUUCGGAGAUGCAUAAUGGCAAUAUUUCACGAUAUGGUGGAGAUUUUGUAGAGGUGUUUAUGGAUGACUUCUCUGUGUUUAGUGAGGCCUAUGAGCUAUGCUUGUUAAAUCUUGACAGAGUCUUAACAAGAUGUCAAGAAACAAAUUUAGUUUUAAAUUGGGAAAAAUGUCACUUCUUGGUAAGAGAAGGAAUUGUAUUGGGACACAAGGUGUCGAAGAAUGGGCUAGAGGUGUAUAAAGCCAAGAUUGAAGUAAUUGAGAAAUUGCCACUUCCAGUAUCGGUUAAAGGGGUUAGAAGCUUUUUAGUCUAUGCAGGUUUUUAUAGAAGGUUCAUUAAAGAUUUCUCUAAAACUGCAAAACCCAUGUGCGGUCUAUUAGAAAAGGAGGUGAAAUUCAAGUUUGACAAGAACUAUUUAGAGGUCUUGAAAGUGUUGAAACAAAAGUUAAUAGAAGCCCAUAUUCUUGUAGCGUUAGAUUGGGAGUUUCCAUUUGAAUUGAUGUGUGACGCAAGUGAUAUUUCUGUCAGGUCAAUGUUAGGACAAAAACGAAAUCAAGUGUUUCACUCCAUUUACUAUACGAGUAAGACACUAGAUGCAGCACAAGCGAACUACACAAUAACUGAGAAAGAAAUGUUGGCCUUAGUGUUUGCAUAUGACAAAUUUUGGUCAUAUGUGGUGGGAACGAAGGUGAUAGUCUAUACUGACCAUGCAGCCAUUAAAUAUCUUUUCAAUAAGAAGGAUUCAAAACCACGAUUGAUCAGAUGGGUCUUACUUCUCCAGGACUUUGAUUUAGAGAUUAAAUAUAGAAAGGAUUCAGAGAAUCAGAUAGCGAACCAUUUGUCUAGAUUAGAAGACUCAUCUCAUGUGUCAGAGAAACGAAAAAUUCGGGAAGAAUUCCCGGAUGAACAGCUGUUAGCAAUGGAUAUUACACAGGCACCCUGGUAUGCAAACAUUGUGAAUUAUUUGGGUCUGGAUCAAAUGUUGAGAAGAUUUAUAGGUGAGGAAGAGGCCCCAAAAGUGUUAGAAAGUUGUCACUCCUCACCAUAUGGCGGACAUCAUGGGGGUGAACGAACUGCGCAUAAAGUAUUACAAUCUGGAUUCUUUUGGCCUACCUUAUUCAAAGAUGCUGUGUUGUUUGUAAAAAGAUGUGACCAGUGCCAACAAAUGGGCACAAUUUCAAGAAGGCAUGAGACGCCUUUACGUAAUAUUCUGGAGAUCCUCCAGAAAACUAUAAAUGCUCAAAGGAAGGAUUGGUCAGAUAAGCUAGAUGAUGCUUUAUGGGCAUAUAGAACUGCGUAUAAGACACCAGUAGGGACGUCUCCCUACCAAAUGGUUUUUGGAAAAGCAUGUCACUUGCCCGCCGAGUUAGAACAUAGAGCAUAUUGGGCAAUAAAAAAACUAAGUCUGGAUGCUAAGUUAGUCGGGCAGAACAGAGUAACACUACUGAAUGAGCUUGAGGAGUUCAGGCUGCAUGCAUAUGAGAAUGCAAAGUUCUAUAAGGAAAAAACAAAAAAAUGGCAUGACAAGCACAUAGUGUCACACACUUUUGAGCCAGGCCAACUAGUAUUGUUGUUCAACUCCAGAUUGAAAUUGUUUCAAAGAAAGAUCCGUUCUAAAUGGAGUGGUCCGUUUGAGGUGGUGCAAAUGAAUUAA